UGUAUAUAUUAUCGGUUGAUGCAUCGGAACGUUUGUGUAUUGACCUUGGUGUUGAAUAAAUAGUUUUUUCCGGUGUUGCUGCAUUUUCAUCUGACCGGCGUUGUGCUAUGGCGUUAUAUUUAAACGGUGCUGUGUAUGUGGAAUGUUCCAAAAGGCGUAAAAGUUCGCCAGGUGCAAAUGAUUCCCAUAUAUUUUGUUGCGUUUGUGGUUGCAAUGCUUGGCCAGCACAUAAAGGCAGCGCUAAUGUGGAAAAUCGUAGAAUCAUCAACAAAGGUCAAUAUCCACGCGAAAGGAUUAUACGAUCUGUGGGCAUGUGUGCAAUUUAUAUGCUAAACCUCUGACAAGUCGACAUAAUUAUCCGACAAAAAAGCCAAGCAGCAACAAAGAUGGCGCAAGAAACGACAAUAAAUGAAAAUAAUAACAAUCACAAUGGUCACAUACAUGAUCGAUCCAUUUCGCCGCAUCUGACUAAAUUGUUAUUACCACUAAAUGGUGAUAAGUCCAUGUUUGAUAAAACCUAUAAUACCCCAGUUGUCGACGCCAAUGCAACAAAACAAAAGACACUGAAGAAGAAGCGUCGUGACAAAAGUGAUCUGGGCGAUGAUUUCGUAGCGCCCGAUGGGGGUUGGGGUUGGCUGGUCACCGUCGCUAGCGGCAUUGCUGUGUUAGUGACAUUUGGCUUGGCCCAACAGUUCGGUAUUAUUUUCCGAGAUUAUAUGUACAGUAUUGGCAUCACCAGUUCGCAGCUGACGACGAUUAUCAACACACAGAUUGCCGUUUCCGCACUAACAGGUCUUCUCAAUGGACCUCUCUUCCGACGGUAUACAUAUCGCCAAGUCGCAUUCGGCGGUUCAACGCUCAUCUUCAUCGGCAUGUUUUUGUCAGUAUUUGCUCAAUCAUUCCUCUUCUACAUGAUGUCUUUUGCAUUCUUCUAUGGCUUCGGUCGUGGUCUCAUGGUAUCAGCGUCUUCGAUGGCUGUUAACACUUUCUUCAAAGUGAAACGUCGCACUGCCACCUCUUAUCAGUUCGGUGUAGCCGGCAUGGGUCCAAUUAUAUUGCCACAUCUAGCUACUUUUCUCGUGCAAGCUGUGGGCGUAAAGGGCACCGUGCUAAUCUUUUCUGGUCUCUCGCUGCAUAACUUUGCCGCCUCACUGAUAUUCCAACCCGUGCAAUGGCAUGUGAAAAAAGUAAGAGGCGACGCUGAGUCCUUACGCCCGGUUUCGCAGCACUUUGAGGAGGAAGAGCCAGAACAAUUUGUCGAACCCGACACGCACAGUUUGGCGCGCGCCAAUGACGGUUGGUACGGUUCUCGUACUUCCAUAAAUACGCUUAGCCAACGACAUCGACUCAGCACUGGCGACAGCGUUCAAAUGCAUAAACUCCGCCGUUUAAGUAGCGUUGGCGCUGGCAAAGGCAAACAGCGCUCUUUUUCGACGAGUGAGAGCAUUAAGGAGGAUGAGCUGGAACAUUUACAUGAGAAUUUAGCGUUGCCCACUCAACUGGAGCAUCUAGAUGAAGGACAAGUGGCCGUGCAGUACAAGCAACAACCACAACAAUUUGACGAGAAGGAAGAAAAUCACUUAGCGCCCGAAAAAACGUUAGAGGAAAUGCUGGAAGAAGAAGAAGAGGCGCUCCAAAAACUACCAUUCCUAAAAAAGGUCAUCAUUUUCUUCGAUUUGGAUCUGCUGCGCGAUUUCACAUAUGUCAAUUUGGCAAUGGGCAUGACAAUAAUAAACUUCGUGGAAAUCAAUUUCGCCAUCUUAACGCCUUUUAUUCUCUCCGACUUCAAAUUCACUAACACACAAAUCGCCUUCGCCAUGUCUUGUCUGGGUGUUUGCGAUGUCAUACUGCGAUUUCUCACCCCAUUGCUGACCGCCAAGAUACCUUUGAGUAAUAAGAAUUUCUUCAUUAUCGGCAUCUUGGGCAUGUGUUUGGGGCGCGUCUUUCUCAUAUACUGCCGUGACUUCUAUUGGUUGAUCGCGACUUUUUGCUUCUUGGGUCUUUUCAAGGCGUUCCGCACAAUCUUUGCACUUCUCAUCAUUCCCGGCUAUGUGCCAUUGAAGCGUUUACCGGCCGCAGCGGGUCUACAAUUGCUCAUGUCCGGUAUAUUUUCGCUGGUCUUUGGACCAAUUGUUGGUCUUAUACGUGACGCCACCGAUUAUGGUUUCACUCUGCACGUUCUCAAUGGUCUUAAUAUUAUAGCGAUUGCAUUUUGGAUAAUCGAAGACCUCUUGCAAAAAAAGAAAAAGACAACGCUAGAAUAGAAAAUAUUCAGAAAAAAAAUAUAAUAAUAUGUGUGCCAUUGUUAAAUCGUUCCUGCCACGAUGAAAGUUAUACAUUAGUUCAUAAACAUUUAAAUAAAUGCUUACAAUAUCUUAUAUAAGAUUUUAUGUAUAUAUGUAUGUAAAUAAGUGAAAGCGGUAAUCCGCAGCCCUAGCAGCUCUCCGAUGUGGCUAGUGAAUCAACUAAAUAUAAUGUGUAGACAAUUAUGUAUCUGAGAGCAAGUUCAACCCUCUUAUAAAGGGUUUGGCUCAGCUCGUGUGUUCGCGUAUUCGUGAUUCGUGCCUUUGUUCGUGCCAAAAAUGUGUAUACUGACAUACAUACGUAAAUUUACAGUUUUAAGCUCAUAAACAUUUAUUUUUUGAAUGUUAGCUAAUGUCCGUUAAAUAAUGAAAUAUUUUAUAGUUAAGUAAAAUUAAUAAUGUUGAAAUGAUAGUAUAAAUCAAUCGUUGCUUGUUAUUAUAUUAUCUGUAUAUAAUAUUUAUAUAGAUGCGAAGACGCUUAGUUAAUAUAGAUAUUGUUAUGUAAUUAAUUUAAGUCUGUAAAUAAUUUGUUAAUAAAGUCUUUAUUAUAUUAUUAUUUAAAUCAA